AUGACCCUGGUGCCGGCCCCAACCCCUUGUGCUGGUCCUACCUUCUCCCUGGUGUGUGACCACUGUGUGGUCCUGCUCCUGGACGACCUGGAACGGGCCGGCACCCUCCUCCCUGCCAUCCGCGAGCAACUGCGUGGCAUCAAUGCCAGCUCUGUGGCCUGGGCCCGUCUGCACAGGCUGAACGCCUCCAUCACUGACCUGCAGAGCCAGCUCCGGAGCCCCCUGGGCCCCCGCCACGAGACCGCACAGCAGCUGGAGCAAAGGAAGCAGGAGCUGUCCCGGGACAAUGCCACCCUGAAGGCCACUCUGCAUGCAGCUAGCGACACCCUGGCCAGCGUCUUCAGAUUGCUGCACAGCCUCGACCAGGCCAAGGAGGAGCUGGAGCGCCUCGCUGCCAGCCUGGACGGGGCUCGGACCCCACUGCUGCAGAGGAUGCAGACCUUCUCCCCAGCGGGCAGCAAGCUGCGACUUGUGGAGGCCGCCGAGGCCCACGCACAGCAGCUGGACCAGCUGGCGCUCAACCUGUCCAGCAUCAUCCUGGACAUCAACCAGGACCGCCUAACCCAGAGGGCCAUCGAGGCCUCCAGCGCUUACAGCCGCAUCCUGCAGGCCGUGCAGGCUGCCGAGGACGCCGCUGGCCAGGCCCUGCAGCAGGCAGACCACACGUGGGCGACAGUGGUGCAGCAGGGCCUGGUGGACCGAGCCCGGCAGCUCCUGGCAAACAGCAGUGCACUGGAGGAGGCCGUGCUCCGGGAGCAGCGGAGGCUGGGCCUCGUGUGGGCUGCCCUCCAGGGUGCCGGGACCCAGCUCCGAGAUGUCCGGGCCAAGAAGGACCAACUGGAGGCGCACAUCCAGGCGGCGCAGGCCAUGCUUGCCAUGGACACAGAUGAGACAAGCAAGAAGAUCGCACACGCCAAGGCUGUGGCCGCUGAAGCCCAGGACAUGGCCGCCCGUGUGCAGUCCCAGCUGCAGGCCAUGCAGGAGAGCGUGGAGCGGUGGCAGGGCCAGUACGAGGGCCUGCGGGGCCAGGACCUGGGCCAGGCAGUGCUUGACGCAGGCCGCUCAGUGUCCAGCCUGGAGAAGACGCUGCCCCAGCUGCUGGCCAAGCUGAGCGUCCUGGAGAACCGUGGGGCGCACAACGCCAGCCUGGUCCUGUCCGCCAGCAUCGGCCGUGUGCGGCAGCUUAUUGCCCAGGCCCGGGGGGCUGCCAGCAAGGUCAAGGUGCCCAUGAAGUUCAACGGGCGCUCAGGGGUGCAGCUGCGCACUCCACGGGAUCUUGCCGACCUUGCUGCCUACACUGCCCUCAAGUUCUACCUGCAGGACCCAGAGCCUGAACCUGGGCAGGGCACCGAGGAUCACUUUGUGAUGUACAUGGGCAGCCGCCAGGCCACUGGGGACUACAUGGGUGUGUCUCUGCGUGACAAGAAGGUGCACUGGGUGUAUCGGCUGGGCGAGGCGGGCCCUGCAGUCCUAAGCAUCGACGAGGACAUUGGGGAGCAGUUUGCAGCUGUCAGCCUGGACAGGACUCUCCAGUUUGGCCACAUGUCUGUCACAGUGGAGAGACAGAUGAUCCAGGAAACCAAGGGUGACACAGUAGCCCCUGGGGCAGAGGGGCUGCUCAACCUGCGGCCAGACGACUUUGUCUUCUACGUCGGGGGUUACCCCAGUACCUUCACGCCCCCUCCCCUGCUUCGCUUCCCCGGCUACCGGGGCUGUAUCGAGAUGGACACGCUGAACGAGGAGGUGGUCAGCCUCUACAACUUCGAGAGGACCUUCCAGCUGGACACGGCUGUGGACAGGCCUUGUGCCCGCUCCAAGUCGACCGGGGACCCGUGGCUCACGGACGGCUCCUACCUGGAUGGCACCGGUUUUGCCCGCAUCAGCUUCGACGGUCAGAUCAGCACCACCAAGCGCUUUGAACAGGAGCUGCGACUCGUGUCCUACAGUGGGGUCCUCUUCUUCCUGAAGCAGCAGAGCCAGUUCCUGUGCUUGGCCGUGCGAGAAGGCAGCCUCGUGCUGCUGUAUGACUUUGGCGCCGGCCUGAGAGAGGCUGUCCCACUGCAGACCCCACCGCCCCUGACCUCAGCCAGCAAGGCGAUCCAGGUGUUCCUGCUGGGGGGCAGCCGCAAGCGUGUGCUGGUGCGUGUGGAGCGGGCCACGGUGUUCAGCGUGGAGCAGGACAAUGCUCUGGAACUGGCCGACGCCUACUACCUGGGGGGCGCGCCGCCCGACCAGCUGCCCCCGAGCCUGCGACGGCUCUUCCCCAUGGGAGGCUCAGUCCGUGGCUGCGUCAAAGGGAUCAAGGCCCUGGGCAAGUAUGUGGACCUCAAGCGGCUGAACACGACAGGCGUGAGCGCCGGCUGCACCGCUGACCUGCUGGUGGGGCGUGCUAUGACUUUCCACGGCCACGGCUUCCUUCACCUGGCGCUCUCGAACGUGGCGCCCCUCACUGGCGACGUCUACUCCGGCUUUGGCUUCCACAGUGCCCAGGACAGUGCCCUGCUCUACUACCGGGCGUCCCCGGAUGGGCCAUGCCAGGUGUCCCUGCGGCAGGGCCAUGUGACCCUACAGCUCCUGAGAACUGAAGUGAUAGCUGAGGGGGGCUUCGCCGAUGGCGCCCCCCAUUACGUCGCCUUCUACAGCAAUGCCACAGGGGUCUGGCUCUAUGUCGACGACCAGCUCCAGCAGAUGAAGCCCCACCGGGGACCACCCCCAGAGCCCCAGCCGCAGCCUGAGGGGCCCCCGAGUCUCUUCCUGGGAGGCCUGCCUGAGCCUGACACCUUUCACUUCAGUGGCUGCAUAAGCAACAUCUUCGUGCGGCGGCUCCUGGGCCCACAGCGCGUAUUCGACCUGCAGCAGAACCUGGGCAGCGUCAACGUGAGCACAGGCUGUGCAGCCACCCUGCAAGCCCAGACCCUGGACCUGGGGCCUAGAGGACUGCAGACCGCCACCCAGAAGGCCUCCCGCCGCGGUCGUCAGCCCACCCAGGAUCCCGCCUGCAUGCUGCCCCCACACCUCAGGACCACCCGAGACACCUACCAGUUUGGGGGUUCCCUGUCCAGUCACCUGGAGUUUGUGGGCAUCCUGGCCCCACAUAGGAACUGGCCCAGCCUCUCCGUGCACGUCCUCCCGCGUAGCCCGCGUGGCCUCCUGCUCUUCGCCGCGAGCCUGAGGCCCAGCAGCCCCUCCCUGGCACUCUUCCUGAGCAAUGGACACUUCGUCGCACAGAUGGAAGGCCCUGGGACUCGGCUCCGCGCCCAGAGCCGCCAGCGCUCCCGGCCUGGCCACUGGCACAAGGUCUCUGUGCGCUGGGAGAAGAACCGGAUCCUGCUGGUGACGGACGGGGCCCGGGCCUGGAGCCAGGAGGGGCCACGCCGGCAGCACCAGGGGGCAGAGCACCCCCAGCCCCACACCCUCUUUGUGGGGGGCCUCCCGGCCAGCAGCCACAGCUCCAAACUUCCGGUGACCGUCGGGUUCAGCGGCUGUGUGAAGAGACUGAGGCUGCAUGGGAAGCCCCUGGGGGCCCCCACACGGAUGGCGGGGGUCACACCCUGCAUCUCGGGCCCCCUGGAGGCGGGCCUGUUCUUCCCAGGCAGCGGGGGAGUUAUCACUUUAGACCUCCCAGGAGCUACACUGCCUGACGUGGGCCUGGAACUGGAGGUGCGGCCCCUGGCAGUCACCGGCCUGAUCUUCCACUUGGGCCAGGCCCAGACACCCCCCUAUUUGCAGCUGCAGGUGACUGAGAAGCAAGUCCUGCUGCGGGCGGACGAUGGAGCAGGGGCGUUCUCCACGUCCGUGGCCCGCCCCUCGGUGCUGUGUGACGGCCAGUGGCACCGGCUGGCAGUGAUGAAAGGCGGAAACGUGCUCCGGCUGGAGGUGGACGCACAGAGCAACCACACUGUGGGCCCCUCGCUGGCGGCUGCGGCUGCUGCCCCAGCCCCUCUGCACCUCGGGGGCCUGCCUGAGCCCAUGGCCAUGCAGCCCUGGCCCCCCGCCUACCGUGGCUGCAUGAGGAGGCUGGCAGUGAACCGGUCCCCCGUCACCAUGACUCGCUCUGCAGAGGUCCACGGGGCAGUGGGGGCCAGUGGCUGCCCAGCCCCCUAGGGCACUGCCAACCCCGGCCUCUGGUCAGGCCCCUGCGGGGGACUCCUCACUGCCUUUUGUGCUCGCCUCACAGGUGUGUGUUGGGAUUCUAGGCUCUAUGGGUGACAGAUCUUGUUUCUGGAGAUGGUUUAAGUUAUAUCUCUUCUUAAAUGAAAGAAUAAAAUACUGCAAAAUGUUUUUAUACUUGGCCCUUCCACCUAUUUUUAAUUGUGACAUUUGUAAUCACUGGUUCCUCCUUAAACAUUAAAAAGUAACUUCUGUGUAA